AUGGCCUUGCGGUGGUGGUGGUGGUGGCGGCGGUGCGGCGCCUCGUCCCGCCGGGCGCCGCCGCUCGGCUCCGUGCCGCGCCCCGGCCCCCGCGCCCCGCCGGCCCCCAGCGCGAUGUGUCACUUUACCCAAAGAAGUUCAGCUUUGUCGUUUCCAAAAAUAUGUAAUGUAUUUUGGCGGUUUCAUCAUACAAGUACAUCCCACUUGUGCAGCUGCAGUAAGACAGUUAGUGAUGAAAAUUACCAAGACCCUUUUCAACUUGGUAGAAAAGACUUGAAGAAUCUCUAUGAAGAUAUUAAAAAGGAAUUACUUGUUUCUGCAGCAGAACUUAAGGAAAUGUGUGAUUAUUACUUUGAUGGGAAAGGAAAGGCUUUUCGACCCAUGAUUGUGGUGCUAAUGGCUCGGGCUUGCAACAUUCACCAUAAUAAUUCCAAGGAGGUGCAAGCAAGCCAGCGCUCUGUGGCCAUAAUUGCUGAGAUGAUCCACACAGCCAGUCUAGUUCAUGAUGAUGUUAUUGAUGAUGCAAAUUCUCGCAGAGGAAAAAGGACACUUAAUCAAAUCUGGGGAGAGAGGAAGGCUGUUCUAGCUGGUGACUUCAUCCUCUCAGCUGCUUCUGUAGCUUUAGCCCGAAUUGGAAAUACUACUAUCGUCUCUGUUCUAACUCAGGUGAUUGAAGAUCUGGUGCGUGGUGAAUUCCUCCAGUUGGGUUCCAAGGAAAACGAGAAUGAGAGAUUUGCUCACUACCUCGAGAAGACUUUUAAGAAGACUGCGAGUCUUAUAGCAAACAGUUGUAAAGCAGUUUCAAUACUAGGCUGCCCUGAUCCCAAAGUUCAUGAGAUUGCAUAUCAGUAUGGAAAAAAUGUUGGCAUAGCUUUUCAGCUAAUAGAUGACGUGCUGGAUUUUACAUCAUGUGCCGACCGUCUGGGGAAACCAACAGCAGCAGAUCUCAAGCUUGGAUUGGCCACAGGCCCCGUCUUGUUUGCUUGUCGACAGUUUCCAGAAAUGAAUGCUAUGAUAAUGAGGAGAUUCAGUAGGCCAGGAGAUGUUGAACGUGCUUGGAAAUAUGUGUUGCAGAGUGAUGGUGUGCAGCAGACAACCUACCUCGCCCAGCGCUACUGCCACGCGGCCACGCGAGAGAUCCGCAAACUGCGGCCGUCCCCGGAGAGGGAAGCCCUCGUCCACCUGACAGAAAUGGUUCUCAUGCGAGACAAGUGAGACAACUCCUUCCACUCGUCCUGGCAGCUACUUACCAGACUGUGCCUACAUUUAUUUCAAAAGUUAUUUGCUUCCAACACAGGCUACCAAAAAUUAUUUUUUUAAAAAAACCUUUUUUUUUUUUUUUAAAAACAAAAGUUUAAAGUGUUUUACUGCAGGAAGCAAUGCAAUUCAGAGCAAAUCAAACUGUGCUGUAGAAUUGUUUUAGUGGGGGGCUGUUGAUUGUGGGGGAUGGGGAAGAUGUUUACAUGUCGAUGCACAAAGGCCACAAUGAGAAUAAAUAUAAAUCAGUGUAUAAGAACUGAAGUUGUUCCAAAUUUCACUUGUUUACACUAAUAAACAGAGCAUGCAUGCA